UGACUGGCCGCCGCUGCAGACUGGGCUCCGGGAGGCGCUGAGAGCCGCGCGCUGAGCGGGAGAGGCAGGCGGGCUGCUGCCUGGCGUCCGCGGCGCCGUCCUCCCUCCUCCACUGCCUCCGCCCCUCCCCUGGCGGCCGCGCUGCCUGGGAGCCAGGGAAGCCGCUGCUCCGAGCCCUCAGCCGGGGUGCGGGGGCCAGCACCGAGGCGAGGGCGGCGGAAGACCGGAGACCGUAGCCCCGAGGGAGAGGCAGAGAGGGGGCCCUGGCCUGGGCGGUCCGAGCUGAGCGUGUGUGUGCGCGUAAGAGCGGGGGCUGCACGGUGCACGGCGCGGACCCAGCCAGCCCCAACCCAAGUCGCCGCAGCCGAGACACGCGCGGUACAGCCAUGAACACCAACGAUGCCAAGGAGUAUCUGGCCCGAAGGGAAAUCCCUCAGCUUUUCGAGAGCCUUUUGAAUGGACUGAUGUGUUCUAAGCCUGAAGACCCAGUAGAGUACUUGGAAAGUUGUUUACAGAAAGUAAAGGAACUAGGUGGCUGUGACAAGGUGAAAUGGGAUACGUUUGUCAGCCAGGAAAAGAAGACCUUACCUCCACUCAAUGGAGGACAGUCACGGAGAUCCUUUCUGAGAAAUGUAAUGCCUGAAAAUGCAAACUUUCCAUAUCGGCGGUAUGAUCGGCUCCCUCCAAUCCAUCAAUUCUCCAUAGAAAGUGACACAGACCUCUCCGAGACUGCAGAGUUAAUUGAGGAAUAUGAGGUUUUUGAUCCUGCUAGACCUCGGCCAAAAAUCAUUCUUGUCAUAGGUGGCCCAGGAAGUGGAAAGGGUACUCAAAGUUUGAAAAUCGCAGAACGUUAUGGAUUCCAGUACAUCUCAGUGGGAGAACUAUUGAGGAAGAAGAUCCACAGUACCAGCAGUAACAGGAAGUGGAGUCUUAUUGCCAAAAUAAUUACAACUGGAGAAUUGGCCCCACAGGAAACAACAAUUACAGAGAUAAAACAGAAAUUGAUGCAAAUACCUGAUGAAGUGGGCAUUGUUAUUGAUGGCUUUCCAAGAGAUGUUGCCCAGGCUCUAUCUUUUGAGGACCAAAUCUGUACUCCCGACUUGGUGGUGUUCCUGGCUUGUGCCAAUCAGAGGCUCAAAGAAAGAUUACAGAAGCGUGCAGAGCAACAGGGGCGGCCUGAUGACAAUCUGAAAGCUACCCAAAGGAGACUAAUGAACUUCAAACAGAAUGCUGCUCCGUUGGUUAAAUACUUCCAGGAAAAGGGGCUCAUCAUGACCUUUGAUGCUGACCGAGACGAGGAUGAGGUGUUCUAUGACAUCAGCAUGGCAGUUGACAGCAAGUUAUUUCCAAACAAAGAGGCUGCGGCAGGUUCAAGUGACCUUGAUCCUGCAGUGAUGUUGGACCCUGGAGAGAUCCUUGAUACAGGAUCUGAUUAUGAAGAUCAGGGUGAUGACCAGUUAAAUAUAUUUGGAGAGGACGCCAUGGGAGGUGUCAUGGAAGAUUUGAGGAAGUGUAAAAUUAUUUUCAUAAUUGGCGGCCCUGGCUCUGGCAAAGGCACACAGUGUGAAAAGCUGGUGGAAAAAUAUGGAUUUACACAUCUCGCAACUGGUGAGCUCCUGCGUAAUGAGCUGUCAUUGGAAUCAGAAAGAAGCAAAUUGAUCAGAGACAUCAUGGAACGAGGCGACGUGGUACCCUCAGGCAUCAUCCUGGAGCUCCUGAAGGAGGCCAUGGUGGCCAGCCUGGGCCACACCAAGGGCUUCCUGAUUGACGGCUAUCCUCAGGAAGUGAAGCAAGGAGAAGAGUUCGGACGUAGGAUUGGAGACCCGCACUUGGUGAUCUGUAUGGACUGCUCUGCAGACACCAUGACCGCCCGCCUCCUCCAGAGCAGUCCAUGUGCAGACAACACCUGCACCAUCGCCAAGCGCCUUGAAACCUACUACCGAGCAUCCAUCCCGGUGAUCGCCUACUAUGAAACGAAGACACAGCUACAUAAGGUAAACGCAGAGGGGACACCAGAGGAAGUUUUUCUUCAACUCUGCACAGCUAUUGACUCUAUUUUCUGAAGGCCUAAUGCAUGUAUGUUGAGAGUCGAGACAGAGAAAAAUAUGAAAAGGUUCCUACCUUAACACAGUAUGUUUCAGAUUCAACUUUGUGUGUCCCCCUCAAAUCCUGACAUUACUGUUCGUUUCCCAGCCUGACCUGUCUGAGCGGUGUCUGGAAAUCAUGCAUGGUGUAUUUGGUAUUCUCCAACCUUUUCGUCUUAAUUCAGACAGCUGUCUGUACUCAGCACGCACCCUAUUCCAUCAGUAGGUUACAUCUCAGAGCUAAGUUAGCGGGUGGGCAGCAGUGCAGUGCCAGUCUGUGUCAGCUGUGCCCUCAGGACUUGCUCGAGUCUGAUCGUUCGGUCUACUCUCAUCAGAUAGGGAGUUAGCAUCCCUAACUCGCCAUCACAUCUUCCUUCCUCUCCCGAAGAUCUGUAUGCUGCUGCCUGAUGAAAGCCCUUAAUAUGGGGGUCAGGCCUGGACAUCUUCCUCUGGUGACGGUCUCUUUGUUCGCUCAAGUCUUACCCACUAGUAGCUCAGAGCCAGAGAGAUUAGGUUGACAAUGCCAACUACUGAUAAGAAAUCUGAUUAAAUUUGACCAAUUUGAUAAGGAAAAAUGUGAAAUUGUAGAGCUUUGCCAAGACAGCAAAACCCAGAUAGUUACCAAUAACAUUUCUCUAUUCAUUUUUAUGAAACUGGCUACUUUGGAAUACUAUCACAAUGGCUAAGAGAACAAAUUGGGCGAAAAUUGACUAACCUCGUCUCUUCUGUACCUGGUGGUGUAUAUUUUGGCAAUUUUACAUUAACACCAAUGACCACAUGUAAUGACCAAAUGUAAUUUAAAAGCAUGAGGUGAUUUAUUAUUGCAUCCACUGGACUAAUGUCAACUUACAGUUUUGACUUUAAAUGAUCACCAACUUACUUAAUAUUGUUGCCAAGCAAAUAAAAAAAAUACACUAACAGCAACAAAACUGAUGUGGACUUGGGAGGGGCAUGUCAGUGCACAAUGUUUAACAGAUCCCAAUGCUGUAUUUGUUUCAUAUGAGCCCUUUCCAGGGCUUUGCAGUCCUUAUACCCAAAUGUAAAAUUGUUUCUUCGCAUCAAACCAGUGAAGUUUGGGUUCUCUUUUGUGCUAUCAGUUGCCAAAACCAGAGCUUCUUAUGUGUUCUUCUGGAAUAACUGCAUCUUCUUCCAUUCAGUCACUACAAUGGACCAUCAUUUGUUUGCAUGAUUUUUUUUUUUCUUCAAUGGCAGUGCAGUUAAGAAUCCAUUUCUGAGACAAAAUUGUAUUUUUGAAGUCAUUUUUUUUUCUUGAAAUGGCUAUGUACAAAUAAAGUAAAUGGAACACAGGAUAACUCUUUUUCUAUUUAUUUGUAACUCACAUCAUUCUGGAAAGCAUUUGAAGCCUUAUUCCAAACAGAAUUCGAAGCAAACACAGUUAAUAGUUGAGAUUUACGAUAUGCUCAUAUGGUUUUAAUUUUGGCCUUAGAUCAGUUUCAAGCUAUUACAGAGAAAACCCUCAGUGUAGUCAUGAUACAUGGUAAUUUUCGCAUUUCCUUAUUAGCCAUUCUUAAACAGAAAUGUCAGUGUUUGCUAAGAAAGAAAUUAAAUUUCCUUGGUUACAAUUACGCCUCUAUUAACAAAAAGGGGCAUGCUCCUACAACUCACACGGUUGUCAAAUACUUUAUUACUACCCCAAGUUGUCACACACUUUAUAGGGGAGCAGAAGGAGUAUUUGAGCAAAUUAGAAAAAAAAGUUACAGGAUGAAAAUGAUCAGUUGUGCCAGAAAACAUAAAACGACUUUACACACAUACCACGUAUUGGCAAACACCCGUCUAUCCCCACCAGCUCUGACAGCGCGGGUGAGGGAAAUGUGACAGCAGGGCAGCAAACUGUAGUUGCCUGCCCUCUUGAAAGGAAUCAGCCGGGGUAAGUGGCUUUGUCCCUAAAGAGUUCUAGAGAUGCAAAUCAAGUCUUCUACAGAAUGGCUAAAACACACUUUACUGAUUUGAAUGGCAGGAAAUGAUACCACUUUAAAGUCAUAGGAUUUUAAAGCAGAAAGGGACCUUAGAGGUCUCUGCUCAGCAGAAGACCCUGUGUGUAUGUAGAAGACAUCAAAACAUGAUCCAAACUGCUUUACAAUGGUCUACAUUCAAGGCCUCACCUAUCUGGCCCUGUUCCCUCUCACCCCAUCAACCACCACUCUCCUUGUGCCCAUCUGGCUCAAGCCACACUGGCCUCUUCAUGUUGCCUCAAGCCAGCUCUUGACCGCAUCAGGGCCUGUUGUUGCUAUGCCCCCACCUCUUCCUCCAGGUGACCCGCAGGCCUAAUUCCCUCACUCCAUUCAGGUCUUUGUUUGUAUUUACCCUGGUCAUUGAGGCGUUCGAUUAUUCCAUCGAAAAUGACAGAAUGGGCCCCAUUCUUCCACCAUUUUUCUUCAAGCAUUAUUUUUCUGCACAGCACUUACCUCUGCCUAAAACUCCAUGUCUCUUAUUUACUUGUUUAUUGCCACUCUUCUGCAUUAGACUACAAGCUCCAAGGGCAAGGCUUUGUAUCCUCAUUCCCACACUGAGCCGUUAUUGAAAGCUGACAUUUAAAUCCUCCAAACCUUAGUUUCCUCCUCUAUAGUGGGGGUCAUGACAGUCACCUCACAGAGGUGUCGUGAGGACUGAACAAGUUAAAACAUGGAAAUCAGCUACUAGAUCCCAAUGCUCAAUAAAAGGGGGUUCUCUGACAAAAUUUACCAAGUGCCUCACUUCCACAAUUGGGACUGGAACCCAGGAUCUCCACUCUAGUGCCCUUUCCAUGAGUCUAAAAAUACCGCUGAGAAUCAAGAUACAAGGCCUAACUGGGGUCCCAGAGAGAAACACAACCUUCUCAGCCACCCACAGUUGAGCCACGUCCUCCAGAUAAGAUAGGAUACAGUUCCUCAGUCCCUUCAGGGCCCUCCCUGUAAAGGAUAUCUCCUAAGGCAAGCCCUCUGUGGCUCCCACAGACACACUCAGACAUCGGUGGUGUCUUACCUUCCUAGAGAAAAGAUGUAACUCACCAAAAUAUUCGUCAUACUACUGAAAAAUAUUUAUUGAGAUUCUAAUAAGAAUCAGGCCCUAGGGAUACAGGCAGACAUGGAUGGUCUCUGUCUCUAUGGAGCUAAAUGUGACACCACUCUCAAAAAUCCACUUAAUCAGCUAUAUGAACUGUGGAAAAAAAAAGAAGUAACGUUUUAGUUUUUUUCUGGGAUCAUUAAACAGAAGCACAUUUAUCAUCCAGGUAAGAAAUAAAAACAAACACUUUGCAGGCUAAAAAGGACUACGCCUCCAUAAACUUGUAGAAAAACCUACUUGUUAUCUGGAGACUUCCGAUCCCAUCCACCGCACCUAGCAUCGGCUUUCAAACUUCGUUAUCCACAGUAAAAACUACAGUUUAUAUAGCAUGCCACAUUAUAUUUAUAACUAAAAAAGACAUUUCACAAAACAUUUAUCCUUACUACAUGUGAUGUACUAUUUUCUGUUUCUUUUUUUUCCCUUAAUGUUCCUCACACCACAGUAAACUGUUACGUUCCACAAUUUAAUUUCAACAAAGGGAAAGGGGAGAAGAAUGGACAAGGCAUACUAUUAGGUGAAGUGAGAGGCACCAAACGCAUGUGGAAACAAAGUCUACCUGAGGCAGGAGACAAGCCUUAGUCCCAACUUUGCCUACAGCCUCAUAACCACGUUUGCUGUCAAAUGAGAAUAUGUACAUGAUAUGCGUGUUUCCCUACUUCAUCAUGGCAGACCAUUUCAGUGCUUUUCCCCCAGCCACAGACCUGCUUCUCUGUUCUGUGCUAUAAACCUGGAUGUGUACUCAGGUUUGUACUCUAGGAACACUACACCAGAAAAAAAACAAACCAGAAAAUCAACCCCCACACACCUCCACCUCCACAACCUCAGUGAUGCCUGACACAAAGGGAAACGGGGUCGAGAGGCAGACACCGGCCCUGUCCAGGUUAAAAUGCAGGCACCUCCACUUUACUAACUGUAUAUGAUUUGGGGCAAGUUAUUUAACCUCUCUGGUUAGAUUUCCUCGUAUGAAAACAGGAUAAUACAUGAACCUGCCUCAUAAGGCUGUGAGAAUUAAAUCAAUUACUAUGUGCUUGCUUGGCACAUAGUAAGCACUAUAGAUAUCAGUGUUUGCUAUUAUUAUUACUGCACAUCACACAAAUCAAAAACUCCUCUGCUUAAACCUGAAAGCAGUGGUUUUAGGUGCCAUUAAAAGUUCCUUCAGUUCUUAAUCAAAUAAUUUGAGCACAUUAUUUCAGGAAAUACUACCUCUGACCUCCUGACUACUACUUAACAAGCAAU